CCAGACACAGUGCGCGACCCAUCAACCUGAUCUGAAGAUCGAAAAUAGGAGGGCUUAUAGUAAUCAGCCCUUCAGCCCCACAAGACAACGAGAAAGUGUGGCAGCGUCAUACCAGCGCUUGGACAGAAGAACAGACCAAUAUUGCACAGCGCUGGAGAGAGGAGGGCGGGACAGCUGCGGGCUUGUGAUCAAUGCAUUUGCCAGAUAACCUCGGAGCCUCUGGAGAGUGAUAACGACCAAAAACCCGGGGAAAUAUUUUCCACAUAUUCGGCAGAGGUUCGUACAGAGUGCCGUGGGCUCUCGCCUCCUCCGGAUGAACAAUAAUGGGGGAAUGGACCAUACUAGAGAGGCUCCUGGAGGCUGCUGUCCAGCAGCACUCUACUAUGAUAGGAAGGAUCCUACUAACUGUGGUGGUGAUCUUCCGGAUUCUAAUCGUAGCAAUAGUUGGAGAGACAGUAUAUGAUGACGAGCAAACCAUGUUUGUUUGUAAUACCUUACAACCAGGCUGCAACCAGGCUUGCUACGACAAGGCAUUCCCAAUUUCACACAUUCGAUUUUGGGUUUUCCAGAUCAUAAUGGUUUGCACCCCGAGUCUUUGUUUUAUCACAUACUCGGUGCAUCAGUCGGCGAAACAGAAGGAGCGACGGUACUCCACCGUCUUUCUGACCCUGGAUAAGGAUCAAGAUUCAAUGAAACGAGACGACAGCAAAAAGAUUAAAAACACCAUUGUGAAUGGAGUACUUCAGAACACAGAGAACUCCACCAAAGAAGCCGAACCCGACUGUUUGGAAGUCAAAGAUAUCCCCAAUUCAGCCAUGAGAACUACUGGAAAGUCUAAAAAGAGUCGACAAGAGGGUAUCUCGAGAUUUUACAUAAUUCAAGUGGUUUUCAGAAACGCGCUGGAAAUAGGGUUUUUAGUGGGUCAAUAUUUCCUGUACGGAUUCAAUGUCCCAUCGGUGUACGAGUGUGAUCGUUACCCCUGCAUAAAAGAUGUAGAGUGUUAUGUUUCCAGACCAACAGAGAAGACCGUGUUUCUAGUCUUCAUGUUCGCGGUCAGUGGCUUUUGUGUGUUGCUCAAUCUGGCAGAACUCAAUCAUUUGGGGUGGAAGAAAAUCAAAACGGCGGUGCGAGGAGUUCAGGCAAGGCGGAAGUCCAUUUAUGAAAUCAGAAAUAAGGACUUGCCUAGAAUGAGUGUGCCUAAUUUCGGUCGCACUCAAUCCAGUGACUCUGCUUAUGUGUAGCACAUGGAGAGAGUACCCGAUGGGACAAUGUGCGAUGUGUAAAGAUUGAACCAAGAUGAGCACUGGAUGAUGACAGCUCCCAACGCCACAUCCGUUUCAUGACUUAAAAGCGUGGGCCGAUUUUUUAUUUGUUUAUCUUUUAAGGACUCCAAUGGCAAGCGUGGAUUACACGUUUGUUCAUUUAUUUAUUACAUUGCACUGAUGCAACUUUUUAGUAACGUUUAUACUAUGUAAAGCGCUAAAUAGAGAUCAUGUCGACGUGUUCAAGCAUUUACUCUUUGUGGGCUGAUCUACUGUACUUGAAGAGAGUAGGGUAUAUUAAAAUUGCACUAAGAGGUGAACACCCGGGAACCAAACCUAACCCGAUGCGUGACAGUGUUUAAAAAAAAUAAUUCCACCGAUUGUUGACACCGAUCUAUUUAAGCGACACAAUACACCGGUUGACUAUAAAUUGGAGGGGAAAUAUUCUCCAGAUGUAUAUAGGAAUAUGCCUAAAUAUAUAAAUACAUUUUGACUAUGGAUCGACCUCGUUGAAAUACAUUAGCAUCAUUCAUAUUUUGUUGCCUGUGUUCGCACCACUGACUUUAACGUAUGUAAUCAUUCCAUUGCUAUAUAGCUGACUUGCAAAACAGUAUCUGGUGGAUUUGCUGCAAACGCUAACGUCUGUGACUUCCUUAAUUUAUUAUACACCAAAGCGCCCACUGCUUUCAUUUGUGAAAAGUGUUUUCUUGCUUACGUGUAAUUAAGUGCCAUACUUGUACAUAGACAUAUAUAUAUGUAUACAUAGAAAUAAAUAAAUAUAUAAUAUUGUUCAUCAUGAAAGCUAAUUCCCUGCUUGAAUUAUGCUAAACGCCGCCCUAUUUUUUGCUUGAACUUGUGAUUUAAAUGGAUAUAUUACAUUUGUCUCUAGCUCCCUUUCUAUUUGGCAAAUGACUGGGAAAUGAAUAAAGUGCUAGUCUUUUUUAUAUACUGGAAGAAAAUGUUUCUCCACAAUCACAAUUGAUCUCAACUCAAAUAGCACAAAUUGACCUUUUUAACAAACUAAGAAUGGGCAAUAAGUAUCUGCUCAGGUGCUAGGGUUUUUUCACAGAAUGGUUUUCAAUGUAACCAAAAGGAACCAGAAAAAAACACCCUUUUCUGUCGAAAAAUAAAAGUGGGAUUCAUGUACACCAGAAUCGUGUGAGGUGCAAUACUUUUCUGUCUGAAAGCUGAACUGGAAUGUUAGAAGGAUCCUAUAGCUGCCCUGUCUAACCAUGGCUUGGUUCAGUGAAAAUGGCAAUGUUUGCCACACACACACGCCUAUGUCGUUCCAUCCCAUGAGAAAACCCCUAUGAGCUCUUCCUUUGAUGUUGUCAGUGUCUGUUAACAUGUGGGUGUGCUGGAAUGCAUUUCAAUGGGGAUGACGCUUCCAUGACAAACACCAAUACUGCAUGUCCCAUAACAUUGACCAGAUGCAGCCGUAAUGUGAAAUGCAUUCUAACAUUCAUGUCCUGUCCCUUCCCAGUCGUAGCUGACCUGACCAUGACUGUUCACAUGGCUGCUAUACUGUUACUGACUUUGUGACCUUGACCAGGAAGCUAUUGGACAGACACACCGUACAGAACAGGGAUGAUUACAACCUGAUAUUCAUUGAUAGAGGACUUUUUUUGUCCACUCCU